UCACUCUUUUAAGUCUUUUAACGCUCCAAGACUCAAAUAACUCUUUUAAGUCUUAACCAUGGCCACACUUACCUGUAGUCCUGUACUUCACAAUUACCAAUGUACCCAACUGUCAAAUCAUUUCAUUUCCGAAAUCAGUCUUCUUCCAACUUUCGUUCAAUUACUAAAGGAGUAUUUUCGCUAAGCUGAGUGAGAGAUGGGAAGCUUUGCGAGAGGCUACUUGUUUGGAUCCCCAGCUCUCCAUAACACUGUUAAUUUCUCCACUUUCUUUCCCAUUUCCGACUCCAUCUGCAUUUAGCAACAAUCAGCGUUCUGCUUCAUUGAUUCUGGCUCUUCCUUUUACGUUUUCCUCUUGUCUAUAAGCAUUCUAGAAUUUACAUAAAAUUAUACAUAAAUUAUUUAAUCAGAAACCAUAGGGGUACCUGACAGGAAGAGAAACAAAAUAAGUUUGUUUUCCCAACAUCAAUUCUGAUUGUUUUACCAGCAAUAGAACUUAAUUUAGAGGUUGUCUUCUUCCCAAUGCUGCUCAGUUUCAAUUCCAAUGCUCUAUCAAACACAGUAUAAUAACAAACACAGCAAUCAUUGUGACUAACAAUUGCAUUCAAGCAAUAAUCCACUUGGGGUAAAAGCAUUACGUAUUUAGUAUAUUCAAGUGAAGUUUUCCAGGAUAUCAUUCUAAAUCUAAGUUUUUUUCUGGGUAUACCGGGAACCUUCUUUGUCCAAUUUAUCCCUAAUGUUUUCCAGUACUCACAGUCCCCUUUUAAGUUCUCUUGGAUAUUCCCUGGACUCCUAAUAUUCCCAUGGUAUCGCUUAACCCUAAUGUUUUUGAAGCAUGAAUUGAAACAUUAGGUGGGCUUUUGUUCAAGGCAGUGGAAAGGACAAGGUCGUUCUGUGUCUAUUACAAGUAAAAGCGAUUUGAGGAUGUUGUCACUAACCACAAAAGUUUUUAACCAGAAGCUAUUCAACUUCCACAGCAACUCUCUCAUUCGCCCUCUCACAGCCAUGGCUAAACCUUCAACUUAUGUUUCUUCUCCUCGUGUCGCUACUUCUUCUCCCGUUAAAAAUCCUCUCAAGCGCAUAGGCACACACAACGGCAGCUUCCACUGCGAUGAAGCUCUUGGCUGUUUCAUGAUUCGCCUCACUGACAAGUUCUCCAACGCCCAAAUUAUCCGUACCCGAGAUCCAAAGGUGUUGGAGGAUCUUGAUGCUGUGCUUGAUGUUGGGGGUGUGUAUGAUCCAAGUAAUGACCGGUAUGAUCAUCACCAGAAGGGGUUUGAGGAGGUUUUCGGACACGGGUUCAAUACAAAACUCAGUAGUGCCGGUCUUGUUUACAAGCAUUUUGGAAAGGAGAUAAUAGCGAAGGAGCUCCUAGUUGAUGAAGGACACCCAGAUGUGCAUCGGUUAUUUUUGGCUGUUUACAGAAACUUCAUGGAGGCAAUUGAUGCAGUUGACAAUGGAAUUAACCAGUAUGACACGGAGAAACCUCCAAGUCCAAGAUAUGUGAAUAGUACACACUUGUCUUCUAGGGUGGGGAAGCUUAAUUUGGAUUGGAUAGAACCUGAUCAAUCAUCUGAGAAGGAGAAUGAAGCCUUCCGACAAGCAAUGACUCUGGCUGGCAGUGAGUUUAUAGAUGCUGUUCGGUUUCAUGUGAAAUCAUGGUUACCAUCACUAUCAAUCGUAAUGGAAUGUCUUUCAGAAAGAUAUGAUAUUGAUCCUAGUGGUGAAAUUAUGGUUUUGAAGCAAUUUUGUCCAUGGAAGCUUCACUUGUUUGAGCUUGAGGAGGAGAUGAAGAUUGAACCUCCUAUUAAAUAUGUACUCUACGAGGAUGACAGGGGCAGAGGGUGGCGGGUGCAGGCAGUGGCAGUAUCCCCAGGUAGAUUUGAGAGCCGGAGACCUCUGCCUGCCCAGUGGCGGGGUCUGGAUGAGGAUGAACUCUCAAAAGAGGCAGGGAUCUCCGGUUGCGUCUUUGUCCAUAUGAGUGGAUUUAUUGGUGGAAAUAAAAGUUAUGAGGGCGCUUUGGCCAUGGCUCGUGCUGCUUUGAAGCUUUGAACACAGAAAAAAGUAUAUUGCAUU